UUUCGAUAUUUAGCUAUGCGAUUUGCAUUAGUGAAAGGUCAAAAGACAAAUCCGUAGCUAGCUGCCAAGAUCUUGCGAAGGAAAUAUGGAUGGAAAUACAGACUUUUCUGGCGUUUCAGAUGAAUGCACGGCAGAAUACAUUCUCAGUAAUGUGGCAGAAGUAGUGGAGAGAAUUUUGACGUUUGUACCAACCAAAUCCCUGCUCCAAAUUGCUUGUGUUUGCAGACUGUGGAUGAACUGUGCACGGAGAGUACUGAGGGUCCAGCAGAAGUUGACGUGGGUGUCUGCCUCUGGACCGUCCAACUAUGACGGACAUGCUCUCUGCCACAGCCUGGCUGAAGAAGUGAAGAAUGUUUACCUGCUGCCCAAAACAGUCUUGGUUAUGGUGGACAGCGAGACCUUCAGUGGACAAAACUCUUGCUACAAGCAGAAAAAGGCACGCAAGACUCACCACAGUCCAGACUCAGUGGAGGAACUGAACAGGCUGUUCCCCAAUGGAUGUGACAUCAUGGCCAUUGCCACUCCUGGUGUUGUUUUAACUCCCAGUGGCUCCCACUCGGGUCCACCGAAGGAGUUCCAAGAAGGAGAAGCUGGCUACGCUAUCAUGUUUCCUAGGAUGGAGGGAGUGGACAUCCGCCCCUUUCACUUCUGCAAACGCACCAUUUCAGAGUCACAUCUGGAGGAAGCAGGGCUGGUGAAUAACCCUGAUCUGCGUGUGGUGCUGCUCUUUGGCUAUGAAGCCUACAAACCCGGAGCAGCCCGCUUCCUUAACCAGGUCCUGGAGCCUUUGGCACGCAGCAAGGCUCUCAUCGCUGGGGGCCAUGUGGAGAAUGUCUUCUCCCCUGAAAGAGAGUGCUGUGGCCGGGGGUCGUACGGCGUGGUGGGUUUGGCUCUGAGCGGUCCAAGGAUCCAGGGGGCCAGUGUUCUCCUGGAGCAGGACGUGAGCAGCCCCAAGGCAGCCGAGGCCACCAUACGGAGACUGAAAGCCGCCAACCUCCCAGAGAGGAACACCCUGGGCUUCAUGUUUGCCUGCGUGGGCCGCGGACACAACUAUUACAACAACCAACGUAACGUGGAGGCUGACACCUUCCGCAAGGUGUUCCCCAACAUCCCACUGUUUGGCUUCUUUGGUAACGGGGAGAUCGGGUGUGAUCGUAUCGUGAAGGAGGACUAUACUCUGUGUGACACGGAUACGGACAGUCUGCAGCAUGGAUACACCACUGUUAUGACCCUAGUUCACCUUGGCUGAGGAGUCGAUGGUCAUAUUUACAUUCAAACUAUAGUUUGUUUUGUUCACUUCAGGUUCCUAUUGAUUAGGUACGAAACGGAAGAAGCAGAGGUACUAUCAUAACUGGUCCAAUAAGAAACACCUGUUUUACGUUUAUGUUUUGAAACGGUGUGCCCUAAUGAAUACAACCCUGGUGUCUAGUUCAGAAGACUGUCUGUGCACGUAACAAUCAGGAUCAACAACAUUUUGGUUGUGGAAUCUUAACUCUCAGCCAUGGUGGUAUGUGAUGCUGUUUGAAGUGGAUUACAACAUGUAGAUGUCUUUCUUUUUGUUGUGUUCAACUUGUCCCAAUGUAAAGUUUUAACUUUGUCAAUUUUGGGGGGAAAUGCAAUGUUUUAUUGGCUGCGAUAGAGGCAAAUACUUACUUGAUCAUGCAUUAAUCAGUUUGAAACUUGAAAAGAAAAUAUUGCUGAUAUGUUAGUGAGUUUAACAAGGUGCUGAUGGGAAUCAGAGAAGAAAAUACUGUCCAUUCAUCUCAGUCCUCUGUUACAAAAUAAUACAGUGGACUUCCCCAUCUAAAACACAUAUAUAUUAUCCUGAAUUACUCACCAAAUGUUAUGCACAUAUUCAAAACAUAUAACUGAAACUAAGUAAUAAUCUUAACCAGAUGGUUUCUUACACCUUAUAGUGAAAAGUUACUGACACUUGAAGUCCAAUUAACAAAUAUAAUUGUUAUUAAUUAUUAUAAAUACUUGUUGAGAUUACCGAUCAGGCACUUUUUAGUUAAGAAGAUAAGGAAAGUAACAGUUUGUCUUGAUUUCAAUGUUUUCUCCUGUAUGUGCAUUGACACAUGCCCCUCUUUUAGUGUUAGAUAUGGAGAAACGCUUUUUGAAAUGCAAUUAAAUCGAGGCCUAUUCCUACUACCUUUUAUAAGACUAUUUCAUACACUGGGCAAUUCCACAAUAACAGAGUGAGGCUGAGACUGAUUUUUCACUUGAAAUUUUAUGUCAAACAGAAAGCAAUGAUUGCAAAGUUAAAGAAACCAUCUAUGCAUAAGGAUGACUUUUAUAAAGACAUUUACUUGAAGAACAGUGAACAGUGGGGCGGCAGGUAGCCUAGUGGUUAGUGCGUUGGGCCAGUAACCAAAAGGUUGCUAGAUCGAAUCCCCGAGCUGACAAGGUAAAAAAUCUGUCGUUCUCCCCCUGAACAAGGCCGUCAUUGUAAAUAAGAUUUUAUUCUUAACUGACGUGCCUAAAUUAAAAAAAUGUUUUUAAAAGAUGCAAAGUUUGGUAACAGAAGGAGGGUUUGUGCUGUCAUUCUGUUAUUGUGUAAUUGCCUCACUAGCUUCUAUUUACGCAAAUGGAUUCCGUGGUUUAGACAAAAUCUCUUUGUAAGGUCAUAUUUGUUGCUUCAUUGGAACUGAUGGUUUUAAAAUGUGUUAUUAUUUUACGUGUUCCCCUCCCAAACAGGGUAUUCCCACCAUUAUAUGAUUGUGUGAUAAACAUACCAUGUACAAACAGUUUUGUAGUUGGGAUUCUGUACAAUAUUCUGCUUCAUUCAUUGAAUUUACGAACAUAUUAUAAUUCUGAAGACAUUCCUGAUGACAGUAUUUGUUUUGUUUAUGAAGGUAUGAGAAAUGUUUAGGAAGUUCAAAACAGUUCUUUGGAGAUGAAUGUGCAAUUUUACCAACCUAUAUGUUUGACUAAAUGGUUUUGAUUGCUUCUGUUUUUUAUUUAGAAUAAGCUAUUUUAAGGUAUAACUUUUCAGGAUAGCAUACACGUUUUGUCCUGAUACUCUGUAAUGGGGAAAUGUAAGAUCACUGUUCGUAGUUUUCUGUGACCUAACUUUUUCCAAAUAAUACUGUACACUCAACAGAGGUUUUCAUCUGGAUAACAACCUUUUUUUUUUAUAGCAGACAUAUUUUAGGAACAUGCAUCUUUGUCACCUUAUACACUUUCAUUAUAUUCAUUAGACAACACACCUAAUGAUAACACACAACCAUUCUGUGUAGAGCUAAUGGGAUCAUUUUUAAAAAUUGUUCUUCAAAUCGUUUUUUUUGGCUUUAAUAUGAUGAGCAAAAUGUUUAAGGUUACAAGCACUUUUCAACUAUGUGUGCCAAAUAUGUUUGAUUUAUUUCAAAUUCAAUAAAUGACUGCCAUUGAAAUGUC